AUGCAGACAUACGCUGUUACUCAUAAGCUCCAGGUUGUCGACCGCCCCCCAAAACGGUUCAAGGAAUUGCAAUUCGGGAUACAGUCGAAUCAAGACAUUGUUAACCAGGCGGUCCUCGAAGUCUCAGACAAGCUGCUAUAUGAUGUUUCCCGAAUUCGCAAACCCAUAGCAAAUGGAGCUCUAGACCCAAAACUGGAUUGUGCGAAAGUACUGCUUACAGACACUGAACGCCGAGCGUUUCUCAAGGAGCUGCGGCGGCCCGGUAUUGACAACCUGAAACGUUCGCAGAUUUGUAAACGAAUUAAUGAACAAUGCCGCAAAGCUAAGACUUGUCCUCACUGUGAUAGUGUGAAUGGUCAGAUACGGAAAGUUGCGGCUCUUAAGCUUGCACACGACAGAUAUGUGGCAUACAAUAAAUCUUCGGCGAAAUCUAGGGUUGAGCCAGAAGGUCUCAAGAAAUUCAAGGCGUCAUUUGAAGAGGCGAAAAAGAACAAUAGUGAAAUCGAAAAGCACUCGCGGAAAGCGAUAGAGGAUCUCAAUCCUCUUAGGGUUCUAAAUCUCUUCAAAAUGAUCUCUCCGAGCGACUGCGAGCUGCUAAACAUCAACCCUGCCGAAGGGAGACCCGAGAUGUUCAUCUGGCAGUACGUCCCAACACCUCCUGUGUGUAUUCGGCCCUCCGUCGCACAAGAUAGCGCUAGCACUGAAGACGAUCUCACAAUAAAAUUGGCAGAUAUUGUCAAUGUCAGUUCUUUGCUGAGGAAUGCGAUUAAUAAGGGCCAGCCACUUACCACCAUUAUGGAUCAGUGGGACUAUUUACAAUUGCAGAUUGCCAUGUACGUUAACAGCGACGUUCCUGGACUUCAGCAAAACAAUUUCGGAAAGCCAAUUCGAGGUUUCUGUCAACGCCUGAAGGGAAAACAAGGUCGUUUUAGAGGAAACUUAUCUGGGAAGCGCGUCGACUUCUCCGGCCGAACUGUUAUCUCACCGGACCCCAACUUGGGCAUUGAUGAGGUGGCAAUACCAAUUCUUGUAGCGAAAAAUCUAACCUAUCCGGAACGGGUGCAAAGGCACAAUAUCAAAAAGCUUCAAAAAUGCGUUCGAAAUGGUGCUAAUAUACACCCUGGCGCCCAGCAAAUUAUCAAGAAGGAUUCCGAUCACAAGAUUUCCCUCAAGUUUGCUCGUCGAGAAAAUGAAGCAAGGAAUCUACAAAUUGGUGAUGUCGUCGAACGGCAUCUUGAGGAUGGAGACAUUGUACUUUUCAACAGGCAGCCGUCUUUGCACAAAUUGAGCAUCAUGAGCCAUUACGUCAAGGUCAGACCUUGGAGAACAUUCCGUUUGAAUGAGUGUGUCUGCAACCCAUAUAACGCUGAUUUCGAUGGUGACGAGAUGAAUUUACAUGUUCCGCAGACAGAGGAAGCCCGUACGGAGGCUAUCAAUCUCAUGGGCGUCAAGAACAAUCUUUCAACUCCCAAAAAUGGAGAACCGAUCAUUUCAGCUACGCAAGAUUUCAUCACGGCUGCUUACCUGUUGAGCAGCAAGGAGAACUUUUUUGAUCGCAAGACCUUUACCAAUAUCUGUAUGUACAUGGUUGAUGGUAAUCUUCACCUGGAUCUACCCCCACCAGCUAUAUUGAAACCCGAAGCUCUGUGGACAGGAAAACAAGUGUUCAGUGUUCUGAUGCGACCAAACAAGCUCUCACCGGUCAAGGUGAAUUUGGAUGCCAAAUGCCGAGACUACAGAGAAGAUAAAGAGAACUGGGCCCCGGACAUGGAUAUUAAUGACGGGUGGCUUGUAGUACGCAAUUCAGAAGUCAUGUGCGGUAGGAUGGAUAAAACAACUGUUGGGUCUGGUAAAAAGGAUUCAAUCUUCUACAUUAUUCUUCGGGAUUUUGGACCCGACGAAGCCGUUACUGCAAUGAACAGACUUGCUAAAGUGUCAGCAAGAUACCUUACAAAUCAAGGCUUUUCAAUAGGCAUCAGUGAUGUAUAUCCAUCGGCAACACUUACGGCACAUAAACAGAGGUUGGUCAGUAUCGCCUAUAAAGAGACGAAUGAGGAUAUUCAAAAAUACAACGAGGGGAAACUAGAGAAAGCCGCCGGUUGUGACUUGGACGAAAGUCUUGAAAACAGCAUUUCUGGAAAGCUAAGUGGGGUCAGAGAACAGGCAGGGAAUUACUGCAUUGAGACCUUGAGCAAGUGGAAUUCCCCAUUGAUUAUGGCCAAGUCUGGCUCUAAGGGAUCGAAUAUCAAUGUUGCCCAAAUGGUUGCUGUUGUAGGACAACAGAUCAUUGGAGGCAAACGUGUGGCCGAAGGGUUUCAAGAUCGAACUCUGCCCCAUUUCUUGAAGAACGCUCGACAUGCCUUAGCUAAAGGUUUCGUCGUUAACAGUUUCUUCACAGGACUGACCCCAACUGAAUUUUUAUUCCACGCCAUCUCUGGUCGUGAGGGUUUAGUCGAUACUGCUGUGAAAACCGCAGAAACUGGCUACAUGUCUAGGAGAUUGAUGAAGUCCUUAGAAGAUCUUUCCACCCAAUACGACGACACCGUUCGUAACUCAUCUGGGGGUGUGGUACAAUUCCAGUUUGGAGCAGACAAGCUAGAUCCCGUUGACAUGGAGGGUUCGGCCGUUCCUGUUAAUUUCAAAAGGACUUUCUCACACGCUGAGAACUUGACGUGGAAAAACGACGAUCCUUGUCUGUUGCCUUAUCAGGUUACCGCCUACUGCGACGAAUAUCUCGCCGAACAAAAGAAAAAGUACGUGCGAAAAGGGUUGCUCGGUGAUUCAUUGGAUUACACUGAUCAGAGCGAUUAUGCUAUCGAUGAGCAUGACAGUGCUCGUGACUUUGUUGAGACAAUCGCAAACCACGUCAAGCUCUUGGCUACGAAAAUGGCUAACAUUAGAGAAAAAUCCGGUCUUCCCCGCUUGGAGCAAGAUCCCAACUUAUCGGGCCAGCGAUAUGAUGCCACAAGAGAGGACAAGCAAGCAAGACUUCGCGUAGAACGUGUGGCAAAAGUAUCUGGGCCGACCCUAAACAAGUUUAUAUCCCUCUGCUUGAGCAAAUAUGCGAAAGCACAUGUUGAGCCGGGACAUGCCGUCGGUGCUGUCGGCGCCCAGUCCAUAGGAGAGCCCGGUACACAGAUGACUUUGAAGACUUUCCAUUUCGCUGGUGUUGCCGGCAUGAGUAUAACACAGGGUGUUCCUCGUAUCAAGGAAAUCAUCAAUGCCUCGAAGGUGAUCAGUACGCCUAUCAUCAAGUGUCCACUGCACAACAAGACAUCCAUUAUAUCUGCACGAGCAGUAAAAGGUCGUAUACAAAGAACGUUUCUUGGAGAAGUUCUGAGCUGCAUAGAGGACCAAUGGUCUAGCAAAGGCGCACAGAUGUGUCUCCAAGUUGACAUGGAUCGAUUGGAUAAACUGUUCCUUGGACUAACUGUGGCAGACAUAGCGUCUAAAAUAUACCUGAACAAGAAACUUAAGAUCCUUCCAGAAGACGUUUAUAUACGACCCGGUUGCGUGUUUAUCAAGGUCAAUGAGACUACUGGUGGAAACCUCGGAGCUCGCGGAGCAGCCGCCGCGAAAACGAAAGCAAAGGAUGAAGGCAUCAAUGCCAGCGAGCUUGCGCUGCGUAUGAACCACUUGAAGCGCGUCCUCCCAGCUAUUGCCAUAUCUGGCUAUCCUGAAGCCUCUCGAGCUGUGAUAAACAGCUCUCAGGAGUCCAAAAAUGAAGUAGUGGUCGAAGGGUAUGGCCUCCGAGCGUGCAUGAACACGAUCGGUGUUAUCGGCACUCAAGUGACGAGCAACAGUGUUAUGGAAAUGAAAGAUGUAUUGGGUAUCGAGGCUGCUCGAACGACCAUUGCCCAGGAGAUUGGUGUUGUUAUGGGUCAGAUGGACAUCGAUCCUCGACACAUGCAACUGCUUGCUGAUGUCAUGACAUAUAAGGGCGAAGUGCUCGGAAUCACUCGGUUUGGUCUUUCAAAGAUGCGAGACAGCGUGCUGCAGCUAGCAUCUUUCGAGAAGACACCUGACCACCUUUUCGAUGCGGCAGCCGGCAUGAAAUCUGACAAGAUCGAGGGUGUAAGUGAGUGUAUUAUUAUGGGCCAAACUAUGAGUGUCGGGACGGGUGCCUUCCAAGUUGUCAGGCGUUUGGGACUGAAGGAAAGUGACACUCAGUCCAAGCGUACGGUCUUUGAGGAUGCUUGGAAGUGGGAUCAAAUCGAAAGACGGAAGACGAGGAAAAAUAGAGGCUGA